AUGGCGGCGGACAGUGUGAGGCGUGAGCCCGUGUUGGAGGAAUGGCUUGAGAAGCAGGGUCAUGUCAACACUGGUUGGAAGAGCAGGUACUUUGAGCUUCGGGACUCGAUGGUGACUUAUCGCCAAGCGCGUAGUGAUGCGAUGCCCAAGGGUCAAUUUGACAUCCAAGGCGCCACCGUUCAGCUGGAUGAGGCACCUGAUGCCCAAGGGCGCCAUCGCCUACACAUUACAGUCCCAGCGGGCAAGCGCGUGUACCAUUUACGUGGCUCUAAGGAUCGCAUGCGGCUGUGGCAGGCCGCUAUCCUGCGCCAAGCCUCGCCAAAGGCACGCGCGGACAGCUGCCCUACCGAACCACUCCAGCACGACGUCGUUGUGCGCACGUCUCGUUCCGCCUCAGGUUGGGAAUCACACCCGUCCGCCUUGGGCUUCCUGUUCAACGGACCACCCGUGACAUCGCUGCACUGCUCUUGCCAGCUCUACCCAGCGGCGGCUCUGAACAUUUCCCGGCUGUUUGAUUCAUUUUUGUGUCUGCCUUUUCCAGCGACUGCAGAGGGUACCGAGGGCGAUGCCCAAGUGCGGGCUGCCAUUGCCAGUCUUCGCGAGCCUGCCUUCAAGGCUGGCUUUCUCGAGAAGAAGGGCCAACUCAAGUAUGACGUUCUUGACAACGAGCUGGCUGUCAUGUUGCGCUGGUCCUUGUUCUGUCGCCGCGCCCCUCACCUACCCUACCUCAUUCGCUCCUCUAGUCGUGCCUGGCAGCAGCGAUGGGUGGAGAUUCGGGCAGCGCGCUUAGAGUACUACAAGGUGCCAACCGACGUAGCACCCAAAGGUGAUAUCUGGCUCAAAGGCGCACACGUGGCUAUCAACCGUAUUACCAACGAUAGCAGUACCACGGCCCAGAACAUGGUCUAUCUUGAAAUUAGCCCUUGCAAUGAGACCCGGGUGUAUCGUUUCCGCGCUUCCGCUUCGUUGGCGCAAGAAUGGCUGGUCGCUCUCCAGGAGCGCAUCGAGUCGCUCAAAUCCAAGGCCAAGGACCGCGGGGUUAUCAUCUCCAAGGGCGCCGCAGCAGCAGAAACUGACCCUCGCGGACCCGGUUCCGUGGACCACCAGGAACAUGUCCUCGCUGAUGAUAGCAUGGCUCAACCGGCAACUCUGCAGAUGGAACUGAUCGAGGACGAUGAACAUCGACUCGCCGAGUCACAGGAGCGGAUUGCACAUCGAAAUGAACAAAUACGCCUCCUAGAACAAGACAUGUCCACCAUCAACAGCAUCAUGCGUGAUACUAGUGAUCUCUUGACUGAUCAACGCGAGCACCUGGACCACAUCGAGAGUGUCAUUGAUCGAACUCACAGUGCCGUCACAGCUGGCAUGGAUGACCUGCACGUGGCCCACAAGCGCACUUGA